AUGUCGUCCGUCAAGGUGGCUGUGCGUUGCCGGCCCUUCAACUCGCGCGAAAAGGGUCGUAGCGCCAAGUGCAUCAUUGAAAUGCAAAACAACAGCACACGCAUCAUCAACCCAGCCACAGGCAAGCCCAAUACAUUUGCCUUUGACUUUUCCCACUGGAGCCAUGACACCGCCGACAGCCAUUUUGCUACCCAAGAUCAGGUCUAUAAAGACCUUGGCGUCGAAAUGCUUGAACACGCCUUUGAGGGCUACAACGUUUGCAUUUUUGCCUACGGUCAAACCGGUGCCGGCAAAUCUUUUACCAUGAUGGGAGCUCCCGAGCCAGACAUGCAGGGCAUUAUUCCUCGCUUGUGUCGCGAUCUCUUUGAACGCACUGCUGAAACGUCUGAUGAGAACACCACUUUCUCCGUCGAAGUCAGCUACCUUGAAAUUUACAACGAAAAGGUCCGCGACCUUCUCAACCCACGCUCCUCGGGGAACCUGCGCGUUCGUGAGCAUCCCAUCCUGGGGCCCUACGUCGAAGACUUGACCAAGCUGGUGGUCAGCAGCUAUGAGGACAUCAAUCAGCUCAUGGACGAAGGCAACAAGGCUCGUACCGUGGCCUCCACGAACAUGAAUGCCACCUCCUCGCGAAGCCAUGCCGUUUUCUCCCUCGUCUUCACUCAAAGAACCUCGGUUCCCAAUUCUGACGUGGUUACGGAAAAGCAAAGCAAGAUCAGUCUCGUCGACUUGGCUGGAUCUGAGCGAGCGGAUUCGACUGGCGCCACGGGUAAACGCCUCAAAGAAGGUGCCAACAUCAACAAAUCUCUGACCACUCUUGGCAAGGUCAUCUCCGCCCUCGCUGAAGUGUCCGACCCCAGCAAGAAACGCAAAAACAAGUCGAGUCAAGAUUACAUCCCAUAUCGUGAUUCGGCCUUGACUUGGCUCUUGCGAGAGAAUCUGGGUGGCAAUUCUAAAACCGCCAUGGUUGCUGCCGUCAGUCCUGCUGAUAUCAACUAUGAUGAGACACUCUCCACCCUUCGUUAUGCAGAUCGUGCCAAGCAGAUUGUGUGCAAGGCUAUUGUCAACGAAGAUCCAAAUGCCAAAAUGAUCCGGGAAUUGCGCGAAGAAGUGGCUCGUCUCAAGUCACAAAUGACGGUCUGUGACUACCACUCCAAGCCCUUUAGCGGCGUUGCAAUGCCUAGCGCUGAUGAGCAAGAAGCGGCCGAGGAGCUGCGGACGUCAGAAAAGCUUAUGAAAGAACUCAAUGAGACUUGGGAGGAGAAAAAGGCCCGCACUGAGGUCAUCCGCAAGGAGCGUGAAGAGUCACUCAAGGAAAUGGGUAUCGCUGUGAAGGAGGAUGGCAAUACGGUGGGCAUUUUCUCCCCACAGAAAGCCCCGCAUUUGGUCAACCUCAACGAAGACCCCCUGAUGUCCGAGCUGCUGCUCUACUACAUUCUGCCUGGUGAAACACGCGUGGGUUGUGGCGAUGAGGGCAUCAAAGUGGACAUCGUUUUAAGCGGCGAAGGUAUUCAGCCCAUGCACUGCACCUUUGAGAACAAAGACGAAAUCGUGUUCUUGACCCCCGAGGGCGAGAACACCAAAUGCUACAUCAACGGCGAGGAAGUGAAGGAGCGAACGCAAUUGCGCACGGGCAGUCGCUUAAUUUUGGGCAGCCACCACGUCUUUCGCUUUAACAACCCCGAGGAAGCCAAGAUGCUGCGCGCCUCAAAAAAGAAUUCGCAGGUCGGACAUGUUGCACAUCAUGCCCACGCUCACGAAUGCGGCUUCGCCCUGCUCGCUUCUGUAAUUCCAAAUCAGUCGGUCAACUCGCAAAGCCAGGAAAUGGAGAAGCGAGUUGUUGAACUCGAAGCCAUCCUUGAGCGGGAGCGCGAGGCAGCAGAGCAACAGUUACGCAAGCAACGCGAAGAAUAUGAGGCGCGCAUGCGUGACGCCAGCACCCUGUUCCACGAAGAGGACGAUGAGGCUGGCGGUGCAUCUGCCGCUGAGCCCGUACAUUGGAGUGAACGGUGCGCUUUCAUGACUCAUCACCUCUCCUCACCUGCAUUCCCAGCAUGCAUGCGUUGGCGAUCUCGUGCGGGGAGCAAGCACGGCACUUAUGGUCAGCAUGAUGCUGCCUGGGAUAAGUGGGUGCUUUACCGCGGCCAUUCAUUGCGCGACGAGCUUUAUGCAGCUGCUGCCUUGAUUAAAGAGGCAAAUAUUUACGCUGUUGAGCUCAACAAGAGCCCGCAAUUCCAAUUUGCCAUGACGUCACGCACACCGUUCCUACCAGGCGAAGACUUGGAGCAGCACCUGGCUAUCGAAGUGAGUCUGAUGGCGCCCAACCAAUUCAAGGGUGGUGCACAACACUUAUCCUUGCUUAUCUUCAUAUCUUGCUUAGGUGACGGAUCGAGAAACGCAACAAGUCAUUUCAAUAUGGAGCUUUCCCAAGUUCAAACAGGCAUUCGUCGCAGGAGGUAUGACACACAUUCCCAGCCAGCCUGGCCAGACUUCGUCAACAUUCCACAUCACUUACAUGCUCUUGGUGCCUGGGUAGACCCUUUCCCUUCCAAGGUCGGCUGGUUCCAGGUCUUGGGUCGCACCUUUGUGUCUCUGCGCAAUCUCCUCUUCAACGUGCCAGUCGAGCACAAGUUGGCCAUUGUCACCGAUGACGGCAAACUGGCAGGCCAUUUGCGCGUCUUGAUUCAGCCCAACCAAAUGAUAAAAACCUUGAUCAAUCUGGUACCUCGGCCAUUGACUUGUCCAACCACCUCCUCGGCUCCCCCAGAAGUGGAUUUACUGGGUGACAUCAGUUUUCUUGACCCACUCAACACGAGCACAGCCUCGGCCAGCAGUGUUUCGGCACCGCCAGCCUCUGCCCCAAUCGUGUCCACUCCGAUGAGCAACAAGUUUGACAACGCCGAGGCUGCCGUGGAAACUUAUCUGCGGAAGAAGCUUGGCCAAGAGUAUCGCUUCGUUGUCACGAUUCUCGAUGCCAUCAACAUCUCGCCGGCCUACCGUGAUGUUUUUGCACAGUUUGGAUUUCAGUAUCGCCAAGGCGGAACGGCCUUUUCAACAGAGGGCCUGCCCAACGAUGGCAAGGCUAUUGGUUUCUACCAUGCACAGCAGCUUUGCGUCAAGGUGACUGAAGAAUUCAUCGAGUUUGUGCGUCGCGGCGUGCUCAAGAUUGAACUCUAUGGCCACUUUGAAGGGCAUGUGCUCCACCAAGACUCAAUUUUUGGCUCGAAUGACAACUUGGCGGAGGUCGAUGAGGAUGCCUCGACGUCUCUCCUAUCACCACAACCCUCGCCCGCCAAAGCAACCAACCUGUCAAGUCAAUAUCCCAUGCAUGAUGUCCUGACGUAUGUCGAGGUCUGCGAGUUGGACACAGACGGCAUCUAUUCACCAGUGCUGUUGAAGCGUGAGGGCCGUUUCUUGACGGACCCGGGCUAUUUCUGCUUGGAGCAAGGCAAGCAGCGACGCGUCCGCGUCCAGCUGCAGUACACCCGAUCUGCCUCGCUCAAUUGGCAACGCAUUUUGGAAAUGAAGAUCAGCAAUGUGCGCUGCGAUCAGCACUCGCGUGGGGACAACAACACCUACCCCGUUAGUCUCAACAUACUUCCAUCUGAGACCAAGCAUACCGUGCAGGGAGAUAUGGCUUCUUUGACUGUUGAGGCUGGCUGGGACUCCUCGCGUCACAACUCUGCCUUUUUGAAUCGCAAGACACCGCCAAAACAGUUUGUUUUUGUGACGCUGACGCUGACUGUGGAGAUUGAGAAUUGUGAAGAACCUGCCACCUUCCAGCGCGACCUCUGUGUCAAGCUGUUUCCUGAACGGCAGACCGACAACGUCUUCUCGAGGUUCAUGCGUGGUGGCGUGACGGAUAUCAACAAAGAUUCGGCCAUUUUCACGUUGUGCAUGAGGCCGCUAGGCGACAAGCGACGUCAGACUCAGACCCCACAACGGCGCUAUGUUCGCGGGGAGGAGAACUUGGGUAGCUUUCGUCCUCGCUCGGGCUCUCUGAUUCAAGAGCACGAGAAUCGGGUUGAAAGCCACCUUAAACUAGCGGAUGUUGGUUAA